AGAGAAAUAAAAAGAGAGAAGGAGAAGGACGAAAAAGAAAGGAAAAGAGAAAAAAAAGUAAGAGAAUCGAAUCGAGAAAAGAGAAAGAGAGAAGAGGAGAUCGUGGGAGAUCAUCGGUGAAGAGAAAAUGGCCUCGAGCUGUUCCAUCCGGUGUGGUUCGAGAAAUAUCCUGGUGAAUGCUGCUACUACGUUCUUCGCACUUCUCAUCGUUCUUCGAUGUUUCGCCAAUGCCGAGAAGUCGAAACCAUCUCCGUGUCAGAGCGACGUUUACUGCCGAGGCGAGUUGCUACACACGAUACAGAUGGCCUCGAUCUACAAGGACUCGAAAACGUUCGUCGACAUGAAGAUGAAACAACCGCCUUACGAGACGUUGAAGUUGUUUCGAGAGUUCAUGGAUCGGCACGAUCAGAUGCCAACCAGGUACCAGAUCGAGCGAUUCGUCAACGACACGUUCGACCCGGAGGGAUCCGAGUUCGAGGAUUGGGAUCCGAUCGAUUGGACGUUCAGGCCCAAGUUUCUCGCCAGGAUUCUCGACGACGAUCUUCGAAACUUCGCCUCCGAUUUGAACAGUAUUUGGAAAAUGUUGGGGCGAAAGAUGAAGGACGAUGUCCGCGUGAACGAGGAACUCUACUCGAUCAUUUACGUGCCGCAUCCGGUCAUCGUCCCCGGAGGCAGAUUUCGCGAAUUUUAUUACUGGGACUCGUAUUGGAUCGUGAAAGGAUUGCUUCUCUCGGAGAUGUACAACACCGUGAAAGGAAUGUUGACCAAUUUCGUCUCCCUUGUGGACAAGAUCGGUUUCAUCCCGAACGGAGGCAGGAUAUACUACACUAUGAGAUCCCAACCGCCCAUGCUGAUUCCCAUGGUCGACGAGUAUCUGAAGACCACUCACGAUUACGAGUGGCUCGAGAACAAUCUUUACCUCCUCGAGAAGGAGUUCGAUUUUUGGAUGACCAAUCGGACCGUCGAGAUCGAGGUGGACGGUGUCAAUUACUUAUUGGCCAGAUACAACGAGGAGUCGUCCGGUCCUCGGCCGGAAUCCUACAAAGAGGAUUACCUCACCAGUCAAAGUUUUCGCACCAACGAAGAGAAGGACAAUUAUUACGCGGAGUUGAAAACGGCUGCCGAAUCAGGUUGGGAUUUUUCCAGCCGUUGGUUUAUAUUGGACGGCACGAACAAAGGUAAUCUGACCAACUUGAAAACGAGGUACAUUAUCCCGGUCGAUCUGAACUCGAUAAUAUAUCGGAACGCGGUGCUGCUGGCACAGUACAAUCAGAGGAUGGGAAACGAGUCGAAGGUGGCGUAUUACCAGAAAAGGGCGGCCGAAUGGAAGAAGGCGAUCACGGCGGUGCUGUGGCACGACGAGGUCGGCGCAUGGCUCGACUACGACAUGUUGAACGACAUAAAGAGGGAUUACUUCUAUCCGACCAACAUCCUCCCCCUGUGGACCGAUUGUUACGACAUCGCCAAGAGGGAGGAGUACGUGUCCAAGGUGCUCAAGUAUCUGGAGAAGAACAAGAUAAUGUUGAAUCUUGGCGGUAUACCGACCACGCUCGAGCACUCGGGCGAGCAAUGGGAUUAUCCCAACGCUUGGCCACCACUUCAAUAUUUCGUGAUCAUGGCGUUGAACAAGACGGAGGACCCGUGGGCCCAGAGGCUCGCCUACGAGAUAAGCGAGCGAUGGGUUCGAAGCAACUACAAAGCGUACAACGAGACGCACAGCAUGUUCGAGAAGUACGACGCGACCGUCUCGGGCGGGCACGGGGGCGGUGGCGAGUACGAGGUCCAACUAGGUUUCGGUUGGAGCAACGGGGUCAUCUUGGACUUGCUGAACAGGUACGGGGACAAAUUGACGGCCGAGGAUCGUUUCGUGGCGACCUUCCAUUCCAACUCGACCCCUCAACCGGUCGUCGUCUCGACCGCCGGCCAAGUGAUGACCGGUAUUCUCGCCCUCGUCAUAUCCUUGGCCGCAGGAUUUAUCGGAAUGGUGGUGUACAAAAGGCGGCAUUAUUACGUACCGGGGCCGUCCACGAUGCCGAACAAGAGAAAAGUAAUAUCGCCGAGUGGGAAUCUUUACCGAAAGAGGAUCGCUUACACCGAGCUCAAGGACAUGAACAACUAUUGACGACCGUUGCUCUUCUAGAGAGCCCAAGCUUCUGUGCGAAGCGACCGUUGAAGCGCGAUAAUGGCACACGAGGGGCGAGACGAAAAGAGGACAAGUAAACAAACACUUGGUCGAACUUGCUUCUCGUUAUUACUUCAACUGCCGUGAUCGCGAUCAUCGGUCGUGAAUCGACCAAACACUGUGCAAAACUCGCCUGAUAUUUCGCUCUCGCGCAAUUCGAUCGUGCACUAACCGCGUGUGUACCACCACCACCAUCACCACCACCACCACCAUCACUACCAGUACUAUUACUACUAUUAUUUAGUAGAAUUUUUCCACUCGCGAACGAUUAUUCUCUUCGAAUGAUCGCGAUUCGCGCGUGUUCACCAGACAUCUGUCUUUUUAUUUUUAUUUUUUUUCUUCUUUCUCCGUUUUCGAUAAAUCGAUUGUACGCGUUUUCGAUUAGCGAGGAAGCGGGGAAGGUGAUACGGUGAAACGGCGACACGGUGAUACACGGUACCGACUCGUUCCUAUUGAUCGUCGUGUUUUAAACCGACGACCGCUUCCUUCUUCCCUCCCUAACUUUCGGAAACACGCACGGCAUCGCGAAUUCGAAACGAAUUCGCCGUUUCUCUCGCUGUGCGGACCCCUUCCCCUUGCCCCUCCCCUCCCCCCUCCCCCUCGACGCAUCCGGCCUAAUCACCUAAUCACAUUUUUCUCCACUGCGAUCGCGUGCUGGAUGACACCGAUCGAAAUCUCGAUAUCGAGUUUAACGAUUAGAAGAGAGAAGGAUUAGCGGACGAUCGAGGAAAUCGAUAAUAAUAUCGUAGCAACGAGAUCGCGCUUUUUACGUCGCGUUGUGUAUGGACGAGCGAUCGUCGUUUAAAUGACCGAUCGUCGAUUCGAGAUGUAUAGAUAACAAAUUUUCGAUAAAAAUCUUGUAUUAUCGAAUUGUAAAUCUUAUAUUAUAUAUAUUUUUCCGGAUAUUUUUGUAUAAGAUAAAUCCGUUUAGCCGCUUCCGCGAUUUAGUCAAAAUCGACACUGACGAUGGCGCACCGUUCGCCGCCUCGUAACAUAAUUCUCCUUUGUUCGUCGAUACGAGAAAACGACUCUUUAUAUAAUUAUCCGUAUUCGCGGACGAUUGCGGGAAUAAAAUAAGUAAGGGGAAAAAAAAUGGAGGAUCGAACGAUUCGCCGAUCGUUGAUCAACGAGCAAACAUUUGCGUUUUCAUGAUUUUUCGACACUGUUCGAAGCACCGUUACUUUUAUCGUGGACAAUGCGAAAUACGUACGUAUAAAUAUAGAUAAAUAUAGUUAGUUAAUUAGAUAGAUAAAUGAAUAGAUUAGUUAGAGAAUUUUGUGUUACAAAUGUGAACGAAUACGCGUCGUUCGUUUUGCAUUGAAAGCGAAUCAAUUAAGUAAUAAAUAAUGGUCGGUAGAGAAUCAAUAUCGCGGUAUUUCGUUGAACGCUACGAAUGAUGAAAUUUGAACCUGGAUUACGUCCAGAGGACGAAAACGAUACGCUCAAAUACAAGUUUCUCGUUAUCUACAAAAUAUCAUUUCUAUGUAUUCGUAUGCGUAUCCCGAAAUCUUAUGCGAGGUCACAAUAUCAUCUGUUGUGUACAUAUAUAUAUAUAUAUUGCGAUCAAAUUAAUUUGUUAUUUUGACGUUUUCAUCAACGAUGAUAGAAACUCUAGUUAUCUCGUUCGUGCAGGAUAUCAUUCGCUGUUAUUUUUCAGCCAAUGAAACGGGCGCCAAUUUUGACAAGCAGGAUCUUAGAGAAAACUGUCGCCGCGAUUUGUAAAACAAAAUAGAACGAGAAUCUUAACGAUUUCCUUAGAAUCAAUGGAAGAAAAAAAAAAAAAGAAAAAUAUUAUUUCGUAAAUGCAUUAUAAUAAUAAUCGAAAAAAUGAUGUUCAUUUGCGAGGAUGAACGAAUAAUCGACGUCGUAGAAAUCUCUUUCGAGAGACGUUAUUGUUUCGUUUAUUAUCUCAUUUAAAUAUUCUCAUAUCCUUAUUAUUUAUUUAUAGAUUUUUUUUUUCCCCUUUGACUUAUCACGAUGCACGUUUUUCCUAUUGUUGCUUAACGGAAUUUCGUUUCGGGAAAACCAAUCGUUUGUUUUUAUUAUCAGGCUUCGUAACAAAGAGCCGAGUGAGAACAUUGUGAAAACACUCUCGUACGCGUUAUGAUAUUUUGAUCAUUGUGAUAUUUGGAAAUUUAGAUAACAAAUAUUAUUCUCUCUCUCUCUCUCUCUCUCUCUCUCUCUCUCUCUUUCUUUCUCGAAUUACUUCUUUCUCCCGUUCACUUUUCGUAAACAAAUCGCAGAUCGCCAUCCCUCCAUAUUGGUUAGAAUGGAACGAUUCGAAUCGUUGAUUCGAUUCCGUUCAGCGAUUUAUAAUCGAUUAGAUCGAUUUAAUCGAUAUAGAGAAAGUUGAUAUUAAAUUCGUUUGAACGUGAAUCGAGUAUUUUUCAUUUUUUUUUUUUGGAAAAAAAAAAGUAGAAAAUACUUGUGAUACGUGUUUCCAUGAUAACCGUCGUAUAUUGUAAACGGAAAAUUGAAAAUCGAGGGAUAACCGCGACCGCGUAAAAUAUGUACACAUUUGCGCGUACAUUCGACAGAUAUAAUGCUCGUUAAAAAGGAAAAGUAAAAGAAAAAAAGGAAAAAAGAAGGAAAAAUAAACGAUUAUGAUACGCUGGCGUAUCAUUUGAAAAUUUCUAAAAAAAGAUUACUAAAAAUUUAUUUCUUUUUUUUUUUUUCCCUCUUUUUUUCUUUCUUUCUCGUAUGUAUAUGUACAUGUAUCAGCAAUUAUAUUUUAACAAAGUAUGCUCGUUUGGUAAAUAAAGUUCAAAAAAAAAAAAAAAGAAAAGAAACGAAAAAGUGUAUAAUAAAGAGAAGAAAAAAAAAAAGUAUCGGGGAUUGUUCGCUUUGUUCGCGAUUACAACAAAUCUAAUUAUCCUAAUACAUUACUUGUAUUUGUUUAUAAUAUACCACGUAACAA